AUGGAGAUGUGCGUCUGGCAAUUUGUAAUCGUCGCCUGUCUUGCUGUUACUACCGAACCAAAUAAAUUUAAACAUAGAGCACCUCUAAACAAGACUGUUAGAAAGAUUAGGGAUAAGUCUGGAGCCAGUGAAGAGAAUUUUCAUCCCAUCCUCGUUAAGAAAGUUGAGCCUGAAGAUGCCGGCACUUACGGUGAAGAGGACCAAAGUGACCAAACUGAGGAGGAGGAGGAUAAAAAGGGUGGGAAAACAAAGAAAGAGAAAAAUAAAACGAAAAAAAGUGGCAAAACAAAGAAAAGAAAUGAAAAUAACGAAGAAGAAAACGAAAAAAUGUGGAGACCGACUAGAAGAAAUGAAACAGUCGCUACAUGGCAGACAGGCAAACUUGCUGGAAUAGUGGCUUUCCUACUGAUUUGCGGGAUUGUAGUUAAUGAAAACAUUUUAAUGAAAUAA